GCCGACACUAUGCGAUAACCGUAAUAGCUAUCAGAAAAAGGAUCAAACCCCACCCUGAGGGUCACGCCCGACAGAUCCCAGGUAUUUCUGUACGAAACCUUCUACAUUGACUGUGACCCGUCGAACAACUCCACCAAAACAUGGAUGGUGAAAAGAAACACCUCCUUCAGCAAAUCUGAGCCGUGUGACCGUGGCUGGGGGAGACAGGUUAAAUCAUCCUGCAAAGUUCAGCAUCCUUCCAAAUCCUUCUCUGGAGCAUACUGGUGUGAGUCUAAGGAGGGGGAUCGCAGCAACGUUGUCCACAUCACAGUGACAGAUGGUGUUGUGAUCUUGGAGAGUCCAGCUCUUCCUGUGACAGAGGGAGAUAAAGUGACUCUUCGCUGCUCCUACAAGACAAAAGAGGAAUAUAACUCUACAUCAAAGUUUCCUGCAAGUUUCUUCAAAGACCAGGUCUUCAUCGGUAAUUAUUCAGCAGGAGAGAUGGUCCUGCCAACCGUGUCCCUGUCUGAUGAAGGCUUCUAUAAAUGCAAACACCCCUCCAAGAAGGAGUCCCCGGAGAGCUGGCUGGCAGUGAGAGCUCGGCCUCCACAGACCCUUACUGCUACUCCUACUCCUACUCCUCCUCCUCCUCCUCCUCCUUCUCUUUUUCACUUCAUGUCUCUGUCCAAACUGGUGUGCAUCAUCCUGCUGUUCAUGAUCUACAUAAUCAUACUCUUUGUGUGUGUACACAUGUACCGCCGGAGGGCUCGAGCUCGAGCUGAUGCCAAAAGACGAGAUUCUGAUCGCCUUCCACUGGAAUGAAGACAAACAGAACCUCCUGAUGAAGUCAACCAAUGAUAGUAGUCUGAUUUUUAUCCAUCUAAGUUUUAAAGUUGUCUGUUCUCUAAUUCUUCAAUAAUCAGCUUCAUGCAUUAGACUAAAAAAAGAGCUUGAUGUUU